AUGUUCUCAAAAAAAGUGACAAAAUUAAAUGUAUUUGACUUAAAGAAAUACAAAAGCUUACCUUCUCCUGAAGAAGCAAAUGAAGAAUUAAAGAAAAAAGAACCUGAAUUUAAUGAAUUACUAGAGAAGGUCAUGGAUUUAACCAAAAAGCGUAAUAUUGAAUUAGGACUUCGAUUAAUUCAUGGCCAUGAUACACCUUUGGAAGAUGGACAAGCUAUGGUUGAAAAUUUUGGUACUUUUCAAGAUAAACCAGCGUUAAUUACAUCGGCCGCUAUUCCAAAUGGGAAAACAUAUCCGGCAAGUUGGAUUUUAAGUGAUAAGAAAUAUUUAGUUUUUGAAUAUUCAACAGAUACACGCGUGAAGCAAGUAUAUGAAAGGCUUCUUGAAGAUUCAUCCGCGCUGGAUGAAAUCAGUGCUUAUAUCAGACAAUAUAAUCUAGAUUCUUUAGUUGGUCCUUGUAUUACUGCCAGAGAGGCAAUGACUAAGUUUAAUAUGGGACAAGGACAAAUUUUGUCUGAACAUACCACUAUGCUUAAUGAAAAACACGUUAAUAUUGUUCAAAGUAGACAGAACAAAAAUUUUUUAUCUGAUAGUAUUAAAACUUUAUGGGGAGCACAAAUAAACGAUUUUGUUAUGACUGUUCCUUGUUACUGUACUCCUAGCCAACAUAUAGCUACAAUAAGUGAACAAAGCGGACCUGUCAUUGUGAAGCCUUUCGACAAUAUUGAACUCCGUUUACCUGUCGAAGUGCUGAUGUCUAAUUCUACAUAUAAGAAACGAAGAGAUUUGUUUCUUCAAGGUUUUGCAAUGGUUCAAAGUCGUGAUGCCAGUGAUCCUAGAUCUUUUUAUGCAGUUGCUGGUAUUCAUGGUCAACCCUACCAGCCUUAUGAUGAUGAUAAAAAGUCAUCUGACUGGAACAAGAGUGAAACUAAUCGCUGGGGUGGCUACUGCCAUCAUAGUGAUAUACUUUUUCCUACUUGGCACCGGCCAUAUGUUUUAUUAAUCGAAAUGCUUAUUUAUGAAGCGGCUAGCGAGCUUAUUAAAACUUACCCAGCAAGUUCAGAAACUGAAGAAUAUAAAAAAGAACUUGAAAAGCUUCGAUUUCCAUACUGGGAUUGGGCCAGUCCAUCUACACUUGCAAAUGGUGUACCCUCUAUCUUAUUUGAUGAAUAUGUUUAUAUCGAUUACCCUGCUCAAAAAAACGUCAAAAUCCGAAAUCCUCUUCGUGCAUUCACUUUACCAGUAGAUCUUGGAAGUUUAAUACUUGUUGGUGAUGUGUCUAAUCCAACACAAAGACCAUAUAAUCCAGAAGCAACUACUACUCCUUAUACGCCAAAAGGAUAUUCAACAGUCAGACAUCCUGAUAGCAAUUAUAUUUCUAAUCAAGAUGCUACCAGUCUUAGUGUUAUCACUUUUUGCAGUACUAUAUUUCGUCCAACUAUUUAUCAAGUUUUAUUGGUUGAUAAAUGGCGUCAAUUCAGUAAUCAUGGUGAUGGUUUAUUAGAACCUAAGAAUGAAAAUUAUGGUCAUUACGCAUCAAUUGAAGUUAUUCACGAUGCUUUUCAUGAUUCAUUGGGAGGGGCUGGUGGUCAUAUGUCAUAUCCCGAUAUCGCUGCUUUUGAUCCUAUCUUUUUCCUUCAUCAUUGUAAUAUAGAUCGACUCAUUGCUAUUUGGCAGGCAUGCCAUCCUGAUGCUUGGUUCAUUAAAAAUAUUAAAGAUCUUGGAUAUACUUAUCCCGAACUUGAAGAUAAUCCAAAUCCUCCCGAACUUUUACGUAGUAUGCUUCGUUAUUAUCGUCCAAAUUUAUACCUGCAAUAUCACUGGAAGCUUACCCUAACUGUUAAGAAAAAUAAAGUUAGAGCACCGUUUCAAAUUCGUGUCUUUCUUGAUUUACCAACUGCGAACGCUUCAACUCCUACUAGCAGUCCAAAUUUUGCUGGUCUUGUAUCAAUUUUUGCUCGUGGUAAAGAAACAUUAUGUGCUAAUUGCUUACAUAAUUUGGACUCCAAGGUGGUAAAUGGUAGUGUUGACCUUACUUCAUGUAUGGAAAGGUUAUUUAUUAAUACAAGCCCGAUACCUAGUGGUGUUAGUGAUUGGGUCAUACAAAACAUAGAACCUAGUCAAAUUACUCUCGUUGCCGUUUUAAAAGAUGGAAGUGGAAUAAGUCUUGAAGAUGCUGGUUUAAUGACCGCGUAUUAUUGGAUGUUUGAUGAAGGUCCUGAUUUUGAUCCAGACUACAAAAAUCGGUCCAAGAGAAUAAUGGGACAGGUCUAUCCCAGUGUAAACAAAUCUUAG